AGGAGCCAGGGCCGGGAGCGAUGGAGGGGGAGAAGUGAUGGAGCGUCCCUGCUGGAAAAUCACCAGGCAUUGGAUUUUCGAGUUCUCCCCCUUCACCCUAACGCUGUGUCUCGCGCAUUCCAGGCCGUCCCCUCGCAGGGAGCGUUUGCCAUGGACACCGGGCAUGUGAGCAGAUCCCGCUUCAGUGUGGCCUCCAGCCCCCCGCGCUGGGAGAUCGGGCUCUACGCCGCCGGAGCCUUGGCGCUGCUGGGAAUCGCAGCCAUCAACCUGUGGAAGCUGUGGCGCUCCGGGAGCUACCCGGCCCCUUCCCCGUUCCCCAACUAUGACUACCGGUACCUGGAGCAGAAGUACGGAGCGGCGUGCCCGGACAUCAGGAACAAGCGAGGGCUGGCCCCGGGCUUGCAGCGGGCGCCGGGCCGGAGCUCUUCGUCCCGCAAGAGCAGCCUGAGGGCAGAGGACACCUUGGAGAGCAUCCAGGAGCUGGGCAGCCUGGAGCUGAUGGGCAGAGACCUGGGCCUGGCCCACUACGGCCCCCUGCGGAAAUCCAUCUCGGCUGACUCCCUCAACUCCAUCUCGUCCAUCGGGAACAACUUCGGGCAGGAUUUCACCGUGGGGCAGGUGGAGGUGUGCAUGGAGUACGACGGGCGGGCGGCCGCCCUGCACGUCACGCUGCUGCAGGGCAAGGACCUGCUGGAGAAGGAGGACGCGCGCUUCGAGUCAUGCUUCAUGCGGAUCAGCCUCCUGCCGGCCGAGCAGAUCGUCGGCAUCUCCCGGAUCCAGAGGAGCUCCUACUCCGUGGCCUUCGACGAGCGCUUCUCGGUGCCGCUGGACCCGGCGGCGCUGGAGGAGAACAGCCUGCGCUUCUCCGUCUUCGGCGUGGACGAGGACGAGCGCAGCGUCAGCACCGGCGUGGCCGAGCUCAAGCUCUCCGACCUGGAGCUGGCCACGCGUCCCUUCAAUGCCUGGCUCUACCUGCAGGACACCAACAAGGCGGUGGACACGGUGGGGGAGAUCCUGCUCUCCCUGAGCUACCUGCCCACGGCCGAGCGGCUCACGGUGGUGGUGGUCAAAGCCAAGAACCUGGUGUGGAGCAAUGGGAAGGUGACUGCAGAUCCCUUCGUCAAGGUGUACCUGCUGCAGGAUGGGAGGAAGAUCAGCAAGAAGAAGACAGCGGUGAAGAGAGGAGACACCAACCCCGUGUUCAACGAGGCCAUGAUCUUCUCCGUGCCUGCCAUCGUGCUCCAGGAGCUGUCCCUGCGCGUGACGGUGGCCGAGAGCGGCGAGGACGGGCGUGGUGACAACACGGGCCACGUGCUGAUUGGGCCGUCGGCCAGCGGCAUGGGCACCACGCACUGGAACCAGAUGCUGGCCACGCUCCGCAAGCCCGUCUCCAUGUGGCACCCGCUCCGCAGGAAUUAGGAUCCCCAGAUCCUGGGGACAGCAGGCCCGGAGCAGGGACUUGGUGGCACCCACAAGGCCGAGCUGCUGAGGGGCCCAAAACAGCCGGAGCACGGAGAGAGCGGCUCCGUGGGCACGUUCCGGGUCACCCCUGGAUGCGCCGGGCCAGAGCUGCCAGGAAGGAGCCAAAUGGACCAAAACCAGCAGGAACCUCCCCAAACUGUGGCUCCCAAGUGUUCUGUGUGCUCCCAACGGCCUCAAAAUCCACGGAAUCCUCAAACGGGGACUCUGAGCGAGGGAGAGGGGGGGGAUUCCUUUGGAAGGUGGUUCUUGGGUGG